CGCCCACCCUGCAGUCGUCUGAAGGGCCGGGACCCGGCGGAGACUCUCGGCUGUGGACCCACCCAUCCCACUGGGGCCUCAGGCUCCUCUGGGCUCCGCAGCACCAGCCCCAAACCUUCGCAGCGCAUCAUGGCGCGGCUGCUGGGCCCAGCGGUCAGGGUGAGCGCCCGGGUUGGGCCUUGCGCCACCCGGCUCCUGUGCGCCCCGCCGCCCCUGACCCUGGCCCUGUUUCGGCCCGGGCCGGACUACUGGCUGCUGCGCACGGCUGGCGGGAACUGUCGCGGCCGCCAGGACACCAGCAGACUCCCCAAGACAAUGGGCAACAGCGUAAGCACCGAGGAGAAAAAGCAAAGCAAGUCACAGCAGCUGAAGAAGAUCUUCCAAGAAUAUGGUGCUGUUGGCAUAUCAGUGCACAUUGGGAUCUCAUUAGUCUCCUUGGGCAUAUUUUACAUGGUUGUGUCAAGUGGUGUGGACAUGACUGCAGUCCUGCUUCAACUUGGAUUUAAAGAAUCUCUGGUACAGUCAAACAUGGCAGCAGGCACCAGCGCCUUUGUGGUGGCCUAUGCAAUCCACAAGCUGUUUGCACCCGUGCGGAUCAGCAUUACCUUAGUCUCUGUGCCCUUGAUUGUCAGGUAUUUUCGAAAAGUAGGGUUUUUUAAACCUCCAGCUGUAAAACCCUGAUGAACUUUUCAGUCGUAGGCCCUGAAACCUAUUUCUUUUAAAUUAUACGUUUUGGAUUGACGUUAGGGUUGUAGUAUUUCUUUUGGGGGGUAAGGGGAAGCAGGGAGCUAAUUGCUGUGUUUUCAUAGAUCAAUUUUACCUUUGCCAGCAAAAAUCAGGCUUUUGAAUAAUUACAAGUUUUUCUGCUUCAUAAAUUCUAUUAAUGAUAUUCAUCAUAGAGCUUGUAUACAUCAUCUAAAAUGUCAGCCAGACGUUGCAAAUGAGUCAACAUCUCAAGACAGGCAGACUUCAGGAUCUUCCUUCUGGAAGAUCUUUGGUGAGGAUCUGUCUGCAAAAGCUCUACAGGGUUCAUCUGUGCUCAAGUUCUUAAAAAUGAUCAAUAUAGCGAGUCUUUUAAAUCCCCCUUCCUCUGAUGCUCGCCAGCUGCUUGCAGCUUAGUAUGCAGUAUUCUACAGAGCUGCCAGCGCUACAGUGAACGAAGUAAGACUUGAUGUGUAAUCAGGACCUAAAUGAGCAUCAGUGUUCUGACAUUCAUUACCCUUGUUUCAGGGAAAGAAAAACGUAUGUUUGGUAUGUUUCAUUGAUCCCAAACACCCUAGUCUGGAUGUGAUGGGGCCUACCUAUCUCAGGUGGUUUUUCUGAAAUUUCAUUAAAGUAGGUCAGGGCUAUUUCCCCAUAAAAAAUGAGGAAAGCUUGUCCAAGAGCAGUGGCAUCACUUGGCUCCUCAAGCCCAUAUUUAGAAGACUCUAUCACACAUAAAAAGCCAAGAACACCUUAGCUUCUCUGACAAUCUUUGCUUAACUCUCUCUCAAACUUCAGACAUUCCAGAACUGUGUUUACAUCAUCUCCACUUACAUUUUAACUGAGCUAAAAUUAUGUACAUAAAAAGGAAAAUUAGUAGCACUUGUUAUAAAUGGUGAAGGCAAUGGUGAAAUACCAGCCAGGGAGGGAGGGGGAUGGCAGGGCUCAUGAGUCUGCAGAGCCAAUUCUGCCCAGUGAAGGGCUUGUAUGUCAGGGAGGCUAGGGAGACUUCCUCCGUAAAGCAGGAAGCAGCAGGCAGUUGGAGAAGGCAUCCCAUCUGUGGGGUCCAGCAUUGUGGAAAGCUUCCCCCGGGUCCUGCUCUGAUGCAAGCCUUGCUCCACACUCUGGGAAUCCAAGCUGACCACUCUGCCCAACUGCGUGGUGGAGGGAGUGGCACUUAUCUUUCUGGCUUCUAGUUCCUUUAAGUUACAUUUGAGGACAGAAAACUAAAGCAACUAUUAACUGACCAUACUUACUGGUUUUACUGGGCUCUGACACGUCCCUAGUUAGCCCAUUGUAAUCCUUGUUGGUCAUCUCAGUUAACUUCCCAGCAAAGAGUGCAGUUUAUUUAAAGCAAAGCAUAGAUAAGUAUACACUUUUCCAGAGAUUGGAAAAGGGUCUCCUUUGUGAAAGGAGAUACAACCAUUUUUUUUUCUCUUAAAACAGCCCAUUGCCAAGUGAUUUUUCAUGUUUAAAGGUGGAAACUGUCUUUCUAUGACCUAAUUCCAAGUACUUCAUAGCUGAGAUGCCCCACAUCAGUAAUUCCUCUGUGCACUGGAUAGACCAUUUCUCUUGUUUAAAGCCAUUUGUUGGCUUUAGCUCCUCAACCACUUUCUGUGCCCGUGUCCCGUUCAGACCCCCAACAAUGCCUAUGGAAACUUGCUGCUGCCCGCAGAUUUAAGGCCUUAAAGCUUUGUGCUAACAAUGGAAGUGGCCAAAAGAGCAAGCAAUAAAACCAACCACACUGAGUAGCCAUACUGCUAAGCCCCAACCCCACUCCACUUCUGUGGCCAGGGGUCAGAUCAGAAAACUGGAGAGGAUGAAGAGGGCAAAGCAUCAGGGAACUAAAGCAUUAUGUGAAUUCACCAGCAGGAUGUACAGAUUGCUUGUGUUACCUUGUUCUUAUGUAACCAGAGAAAUAAAACUGAUGUAUUUAAAAAAUGCAA